AUGGAACUUCUCUCGACUCAGGAAAAUUUUAUCCCAAACUACAAGUGUGACACCCGUAGCAAUCCUGUAGCAGUCAUUGGGGGACCUAAUUCCAAUGUCUGCCUCCAUAUGGCAACCAUCCUGAGCAACUACAAGAUGCCACAGCUUGCAUACGGUUCCGCCCCAGCACUGGAUACUGAAAAACAAGGUGCUUUCAUCCAACAGAUGUUCCCAAAUGGGGCUCACCAAUAUAUGGGGAUUCUCCAGUUACUUCUUCAUUUCAGGUGGACAUGGAUUGGGGUAGUUUAUCUGGAUGAUGACAACGGAGAGAGGUUUGUGCAGAAUGUGCUUCCCAGCUUCUCCCAAAGAGGCAUCUGCUUUGCCUUCAUAGAACGUUUACCGAAACAAGGAUCCUCCAGUGCUUUUGGUGUAAUUGUGGGCAAGGGGAUAAACAUGGCUGUGGGAAUCAUGGCGAGCACUGUCAGUGUGGUGGUUGUGCAUGGUGAAAUUCAGACCAUGCUAAUCUUGAGAAUAUUGAUCGAGGUUUGGAAAUUCAGUAGUGGCCAAAAGAAUGCAAAACUCCUGGUUAUGACAGCUCAAAUGGAUUUCACUUCAUUUCCUUUGCAAAGACAGUGGGACAUAGACUUCAUCCAUGGUGCUCUAUCUUUUGCAGUUCACUUUAAAGGGGUGUUAGGAUUCCAUAAAUUUAUUCAGAACAGGAACCCCAUUUCAGAAAAAGAAGACAAAUUUCUGAGAGUAUUCUGGGAGCAUACAUUUACCUGUCUUCUCCCUGACACCAAGGUAGACAUGGCAAAUGAGGAAUUCUGCACAGGGAAGGAGAAGCUAGACACUCUUCCAGCAUCCGUUUUUGAAAUGAGUGCAACUGCUCACAGUUACAACAUCUACCUGGCUGUUUAUGCUAUGGUCCAUGCCCUGCAAUCCAUGGAUUUGUCCAAGUCCAAAAAGAAAGCAAUUGCCGGAGGACAGAGAGGACAGAGAGGACAGAGAAAGAAGUUUCUCACUGAACUCCCAUGGCAGCUCCAAUGUUUUCUACGAAAUGUUUCAUUUAACAACAGUGCUGGGGAAAAGGUUUCAUUUGAUCGAAAGGGGGCCUUACAAGCUGGAUUUGAUAUUAUAAAUUGGGUCACAUUCCCAAAUCAAUCUUUUCUUAGAGUCAGAGUUGGAAACAUAGACCCAGAUGCUCCUCAAACAUUCACUAUUGUUGAGGAUGCCAUUGUAUGGCCCAAUAUCUAUAACCAGUCGCGUCCCAUUUCUCUGUGCAAUGACAAUUGUCAUCCAGGUUAUAGAAAGGGCAAGAAGGAGGGGAAGCCAUCUUGCUGCUAUGAUUGUCUUCCAUGUCCAGAAGGAAAGAUCUCCAACCAGAAGGACAUGGUUGCCUGCUUUCAAUGUCCAGAUGGACAGUAUCCAAACAAUGACCAGGAUUCAUGCCUUCCAAAAUAUAUAACUUUCUUGUCUUAUGAAGAAACAUUGGGCCUCGGUUUGGCUCUUCUUGCUCUUUCUUUGUCUUUCAUCACAGCUCUGGUGCUGGGAAUCUUCAUUAUGCACAGGGACACUCCCAUAGUCAAAGCCAACAACCGGAGCCUCACCUACACUCUCCUCAUCUCCCUCUUGAUCUCCUUCCUUUGUGCUUUGCUAUUCAUUGGCCAACCUGAGAAGGAAACCUGCUUCCUCCAACAACUUGCUUUUGGCUUCAUAUUUACUGUGGCUGUAUCAAGUGUGCUGGCUAAAACCAUCAUUGUUGUCAUAGCUUUCCGGGCCACCAAGCCAGGGUCUAAAAUGAGAAAAUGGGUGGGGAAACACCUGGCCACCUCAAUUGUUCUUUCCUGCUGCCUGAUUCAAGCCAUUAUUUGUACUGUGUGGUUGUCAACUUCUCCUCCAUCCCCAUAUUUGGACAUGCACACAAUGCCUGAUGCAAUUGUACUGCAAUGUAGUGAAGGUUCACCUCUCAUGUUCUACUCUGUGCUGGGCUUUUUGGGCUUCCUAGCCAUUGUCAGCUUCAGUGUGGCUUUCCUAGCCAGGAAGUUGCCUGACAGUUUCAAUGAAGCCAAGUUCAUCACCUUCAGCAUGCUGGUGUUUUGCAGUGUGUGGCUCUCCUUUGUUCCAACCUACUUGAGUACUAAGGGCAAAUACAUGGUGGCUGUAGAGAUCUUCUCGAUCUUGUCCUCCAGUGCAGGCUUACUGGUUUGUAUCUUUUUCCCAAAAAGCUAUAUAAUUAUGGUUAGGCCUGAGUUGAACAGCAGAGAGCAGCUAAUACAGAGGAGAAAAUAA